AUGGUCAGCCGAGUCCAGGCCGAAGUCGGUCCCGCCCGCGAUGCCCACGGCACGGCGGACUUUUGGGACAGGCUCGUCCAGCAGCCGAGUUACCUCUGGAUGGACCAGUACCAGGAGGCCCCACACCUGCUGACAUCCGGAUGUGCAGCCCAGCGGCCCGCCGGAGAGGAGGGGGGCCCGUGGCCCUGGGAGACGGCCCCUGCUCCGCGGAGCCUCCCGUCCCCCAAGGAGCUGUGCCAGAAGAAGAAGAAGCGCCCCAAGCAGAGGGGCCCGGGACACCUCCGGGGCGUCUCCGUGUUGUAUCACUUGGAGGAGGUGAAGAGGCGGCAGAGCAACAUCGACAAGGAGAAGGCGACCCAGGAGAGGUGGCUCCCCCCCCCAGGAAACGGGACGGCCGCGUGUCUUUUGAGCCCCGCCCGGACGCCAGAGCCCUACGCCAGGCCCUUCCUGGGCAGAGGCGCCAGUGCCCAG